AGACAGAGCUUCAUCGACGAGAGCAAUCAAUUCAUCCUUCUUUGCAAACGAACCCUUGAGUUAGAGCAUCAAGCGAUAUUUUCGGUACACCUAUUAGAGAGGAAUUAAGGGGUGCAAAAUUGUUCAAGGCUACUCGAUAAGCCUCAUUCAAGAUGGCUGCUCCUAUUUCCACCAUUGCCGAGAGCAAAGAGCUCCGCGGUCUCAAUCUCAUUGCAGCCCACUCGCACAUUCGCGGCCUCGGUGUUGAUCCGGAUACAUUACAGCCGAGGGCUUCCUCGCAGGGCCUUGUUGGUCAGGAGAAAGCGCGAAAAGCAGCGGCGGUUAUCUUGCAGAUGGUCAAGGCUGGGGAUAUUGCUGGACGUGCUGUAUUAAUUGCUGGACCUCCUAGCACGGGUAAAACCGCAAUCGCCAUGGGUAUGGCUCAAUCACUUGGCGCCGACGUGCCUUUUACCACCCUCGCAGCAUCAGAAGUCUUCUCCCUGGGAAUGUCGAAGACGGAAGCACUCACUCAGGCGUUUCGCAAAUCUAUCGGCGUGCGGAUCAAGGAGGAAAGCGAAAUUAUUGAGGGUGAGGUGGUGGAAAUCCAGAUUGACCGAAGCGUUACAGGGGGCAAUAAACAAGGAAAACUCACAAUCAAGACCACCGAUAUGGAGACUAUUUAUGAUAUGGGUACCAAAAUGAUCGAUUCAAUGACUCGAGAACGUGUGAUGGCCGGAGAUGUCAUCUCCAUUGACAAGUCAUCAGGCAAGAUCACGAAACUGGGUCGAUCUUAUGCGCGCUCAAGAGACUACGACGCUAUGGGCCCUGACGCCAAGUUUGUUCAGUGUCCGGAGGGCGAGCUUCAAGUCCGCAAAGAGAUCGUACACACUGUCAGUCUUCAUGAAAUUGACGUUAUCAAUUCACGUUCACAAGGAUUUCUUGCUCUUUUCUCGGGCGACACGGGUGAAAUCAGAAGUGAGGUCCGAGAUCAGAUCAACACCAAAGUUGCUGAGUGGAAAGAAGAAGGUAAAGCCGAGAUAAUUCCCGGUGUUCUGUUUAUUGAUGAAGUUCACAUGCUUGACAUUGAGUGCUACUCUUAUAUCAACCGAGCUUUGGAAGCAGAGUUGGCCCCGAUUGUUAUCAUGGCCAGCAACCGUGGCAACACACGUAUUCGCGGGACCAACUACUCCUCACCACAUGGUCUGCCCCUUGACUUACUAGACCGCGUGUCCAUUAUCAGCACCCAGCCUUACACAGCCGAUGAAAUCAGACAAAUAUUGGCCAUUCGAGCUCAAGAGGAGGAGGUCGACUUGUCUCCUGACGCCCUUGCUCUGCUCACCAAGAUAGGGCAGGAGUCUGGAUUACGCUAUGCCAGCAAUAUCAUCACCACCUCACAGCUGCUGAGCGAGAAGCGAAAAGCCAAGGAAGUUAGCGUUGACGAUAUUCAACGCAGUUACCGACUGUUCUAUGACCCUGCUCGAAGCGUCAAGUUCGUAAGCGAGUUCGAGAAGCGUUUCAUCAAUGAAACCGGCGACGUCAACCUUGCAUACACGAAUGGUGACGCAAUGGAAAUUUCGUAGAGCUACAUCCUUUCAUCUCUUUUGUUUUGAUUUGAGUUUUAUGUCCACAAUUCUUGUGACGGCGUACCUAGAGUGGCGAUCUUUUGACGGUGGUUUGGAUUUCAAAAGCAGCCCUUGUUUCUUUUCGUAUGGACGGGGACUCUUCUCUACGAAGCAUUUCUGAUGUUUAUUAAAAUGUAUGAUAUGACCAUUUAAGCGCAUUAAUGGUAUCUGGAGCUAUAUCCUGGCAUUUUGAACAGUAUAAUAUCGUACAAGCUCAAUAUGACAAAUCCACAUCAUAAGAACGUAGUAACACCGCUCCAGUCAUCCUCCGCACCCCCUACUCGGCGAAAUUCUACUCCCUCCCCAAAAUAUCCCGCGUCAUUCCAUGACU